AGUAAAGAUAUCAACAGACUAAACUGCCAGCAUAGCUGACAACUGGACAGCUGACAUGUCAGCUUCAGAGGAAGAGGAAGAGUGUCCAGUGUGCAAAGAGAAAAUAAGUAAUCCUUCUCAACCUUCAUCAUGCUGUGGAAAGGUAUUUUGCCAGAGAUGCCUCAAUCAAUCUUUUCGAUUCAGGACUCACUGCCCACACUGCAGAUUCAGAAGCAAUGUUUCUCCAAAUAAUCCAUUGCCUAGAAGGCAUCUGCACCAAAUCCUGCCAGGGAAUUUUGAUGUAUUUAAUUCAAGAGCACGUGAAGGCUCAAACAUACAUACUCUCAUCAGCCGACUUCAAGAUCAACAGACACAACAUAGAAACACUGGCGCUCAAGUCAUUCUGCCCAAUCAGGCUAUGGCACCUGCCCCACAAAACCAAGCCCGUCCUCUUUUAAGUCCAGCCACACGACCCGUUCCAAUGCCACGGAUUCGAGUUCAACCUGCAAAUGUAGCAACCUUAAAUGCUGCCCAAGGGGGUGUUUUGCAAGCCGCCCAAAGACCUGCCCCGGCUCCACUGCUGCCAAACCCUGUCCCACUGAAUUCAAACCCUGUCCCACUGCUUCCAAACCCUGUCCCAGUGCAUCCAAACCCCAUCCCACUGGUGCCUUAUGCUGCCGGUCCCGGGGAAGAUUUACAGGCGAUGCUUGAUGAUUGGCCAUGGCAAACGGAGAUCACUCUAAUGGAAAAUAAUCUUCAACCUCAAAGUUUAACCGUGAGGACAUUUGUGUGUCCAUACUGCCAAGAUAAUGGAAUGGAUGAACUCGAUCUACGCGAUCACUGCAAUGACCGUCACGCCAAUGACAGCAGACGUGUGGUGUGUCCAGUGUGUGUGGCGACACCUCACGGUGAUCCGCAGUACUACAGCCGCAACUUCGUAGGCCACCUCAACCUGCGCCACUGCUACUACAUGGACGAUAUAACUAACCUGCACCAAUCCGAUGAGAUGAACAUUCAGUGUGCUAUUCUUGCAUCAUUUAUGAAAAACAUUUAGAGAAACAUAACAUGAACAACACUGUUCUCUGGGGUUUUCUUUCUGGACAGCAUCUAAAAUCAGUUUGUAAUCAUGACAAACGUGAAUUAAAGCAACAACAACAAAGAAACAAAUUGAAAAGUUGAUUAUCUGAUUAAGAUGUGUUGUGUUUUCAUAUGACACCAUUUCAUCAUAUAAAUUGAAGUUCUUUUCACAUUUUCAUUCUAGCCUGUUGCCUAUGAUCAUGCCUUUAACAAGAUUUAUCAGCUGAAAACACGCGCUUGCACUUUCUUUGUAGAUAUAAUAUAUAAAUAGUGUGCAAUGUACACUUUUUGAAGGAUUUAGGAUGCAUCUGUGGAAUAUCUGUUGGAUUAAUUAUUUGAAUGGCUUCAGGGUCUGCAUCCCGCACUGUAAAAUAUAUAUUUGUGAAAUAAAAGUUUCUACUGUGAAACAACA